UCACUGCAGCGAGGCCACACUGUCUGACACUACACUGUCCUAUAGCCGCUUCCUGAUCCUGCUGCUGGGGUAUAAACCAUGCAGCUUCGUGACCUGCUCCCCGUGCUGGGGCCGCUCCUGCUCCUGUCUGUGGCUUCCUCCGGGAUCACGGACACCGAAUCAGGAUUGGACAAAACCCUUCAUGCUGAUCAGAAAAAUGUUGAAACACAUUCAAACAACACGUUAAUAAAGCAUAGCAUGUAUAUAACAGGCUCUACACAAAAGCAAACUAUAAUUAUUGAAAAACCAACAAAUUUGGAGCUAGGAUGUGAGCUGCCUAUUGCAUCCAGAGAUGGUCCAGUUCAGGGGGCUGUUUGGAAACAUGGAGAUAAAUUAAUAAACAGUAACCUUUAUACGUUUAAUAGCACAGAGAUAGCCUGGCAAACAAUUUACCAAACUGAUGUAUCAGACAAGAGUAUGUUUGGAAUUUACACCUGUAUGUUUAGUGGUGCACCAGAAGCAAAGGGGGAAUUUCAUAUAGAAGGACCUCAUGUCAAGAGUGGAAACAAACCCCUUGUUAGCUAUAACAGAGAUUUUGUUGUCAUGAAAUGUGAUACAUCAAAGCAUAGUCCCAUGGCAUGGAUUUGGUAUAAAGUAAAUGGCAGUGAUCAGGUACUUCUGAAUACUUCGCUGGUACCAAAUAAAUAUAAUUUCAGGGAAAAACACGCUAAUGAAUCUAAGCUAACAAUAUCAGACCUAUCAGAGGAUGACAGUGGGACUUACUUGUGCAAAGCUAUUUUUAAAGUAGGAGAAAGUGAAGGAAAAUAUGAGCUAAACGUUCUCAGUUACAUGGUACCAUUUAAGGUUUUCAUUGCAAUAGCUGCAGAAGUUGUGGUCCUAGUUGCUGUAAUUUUCCUCUAUGAGUUAUAUUCUAAAAAGAAAGAAUCACAGUCAGAUGAAAAAACUGACACCGAACCAACUGAAAACCUAAAAUCAGAAGAAAGUACCAGUCUGGAAGCCAACACUGUUAGGCAACGAAAGACUUAAAGGAUAAAGCUCUGUCUUGACUACAACACGUAUCACACAUUGAACUCCACCUGGAGAGCCAUCACUGUCAAAACUCAAGAGACUUAACCUGACCACUAUAAAUACACCACACUGUUGGAUGAAGUAUACGAUUACUAAAAGUCACUAUAGUUUGGGGCACUUGUAUAAACACCAGUGCAAAUAUAAUUUACUGUUGCUGUUAGUCUUCUCAGGUAUUUAUUAAAUCGGAGGAGUUUCAGCUCAUAUAAUAGUUUCUUGCAAUGUAUAUUUACUCUAUUAUUAAUUACCUUACUUGAACUGUAAUAUUUUUGGUUUAUAUAUAUAUAUAUAUAUAUAUAUAUAUAUAUAUAUAUAUAUAUAUAUAUAUAUAUAUAUAUGGUAACAAACUGCAUUCAGCAUAUCUUUGAUAAUGUACUUGGUGUGCAAUAUAUUAAUUUAUGUUAAAGUAAGUAACACAAUGGAUCUAUUUUUAUAGAGUUACUAACAUUUUUAUUUUUUAAAGAUAAGUUUGCUGUUAAAGACAAAUUAAACCAAAGCUCAACAUAUAGUUUGUAUUUAAUUUUAGAUUAUAUUUUUCUUUUCUUUUUUAUAUGGGCACUGCAGUGCUCAAAAUGUCUUUUAUUUAUUAAACUGAGUAAUAACACAAUCUAAUGUAAAGGUCGAUAUCUUCUAUUAUUAGUGGUUAAUUUAGAUGUCAGAAAAGGGACACACAAGUUAAAUUUCAAAUGUAUAAUUCUUAUAUGCAAAUUUUAAUUCAACUUUAAUUUAAUAAAGAUCAUAGUUCAGUU